GCCGUUGAACUGUGGCCCCUUUGGAACAUCCCCUCUGAACGGGGAUUAAGGCUGAGCAUUAAAACUCCCAUUGAGCAUCGUGUGCUUUUCCCCCCCCCGUCCAACAUUUCUCUGUGAGCCGCGGACGCGUCGACCGCUGACAUGAGCGUCUCUGGGAUCCACCGCGGCGUGCUCAGGAUGUACGGUGGAUUUAUUUUCAAACAGUGGAAAAAGAGGUUUCUCCUCCUGACGGCCGAGGGAAGCCUCCUCGUGUGUCACGAUGCCGCGUCGCCCCCUGACCAGCUGGUGCUGUUGCAGAACAGUUGUGAGGCAAUUGUGGAAGGCAAGGAGAUCCUGGACCUGCCCAGGUUACCUGCUGGCGGAUGCAGGGAAUGCUGCUUCGCCCUGAUCCUUCCCCAGAGUAAAUACCUACUGCUGCUGGCUGAAACCGCUGCAGACUGCAGUCAAUGGCUGAAUAUACUGAAAAAAGUGAAAAAGAGCCUCUCGUCACCUAUCAGUCCAUGUAAACGACAUCGGCUGCUACCCCCACACAUUAAACUCCAAGAUCUGGUGCCUGAGCAAAUCCUGGACAAGGACCCACCGACUCCACCGCUCUGCAACGCAGAAGCAGACUCCCCGGGGCCGACGGCUUGUGCUUCCCUCAGGGAGAAAGGCCGGAAUUCUCCCCUCACGAAGCAAUACAAAGGUGGUGCACACCCAGCAGGGUGUCUGCGCCACGGCACCAUCGGUAAUGCCGACGCAGUGAAGGCGGUUUAUCUGCUGAUGGGCGGUGCCGCUGCCUCCUCUGCUCUGGGUUACCUGGGCGCAUGCUCGCUCCCUAAUCUGGAAGCCAAAGCUCCUGACCUGCCACUCAACACGGAUUUCCCUGGCAUGGGAGCAACAGGAGUGUACAACGGCGCAGGGCCCGCACUCGACUCCGCUCACUGUAACAGCUUUGACUUUGAAGUGGCAGACUCUGAUUUUGAUGGUUUUGAUUGUGGUGGAUUUAGUUUCUGAUGAUGUACUGGAGACGCAAUGGAUGCAGGUAGUUUUAAUAAUGGUGUAAAAGUAUGUGAAGCGUCAUCAUGAUUAGUCAGAAUGAGUAACCAUAGGACGGCCUCCAAUUCAAUAUGUUUUUUCAGGACAAAGAUGCUAUGAAAUGAAAUUUUCUGCAGAAAUAACUGUGUUUACAACCUGUGUUGGUUUCUGUAGCUAGUUUCCCCAUCAACAACAACUGUAUAUAUUUCCUUUUACAUAUCCAACCCAUUUAGAUUUUAUUUAAAAAACUUGUUUUGUUGGUUCCUUCUCAGGUUGCUCUCUGCUUACUGUCUCCAGAAUGUUAUUGUUGACGUCGAAGACUAUGUCCAUAUAUUUAAAAAGUCCGUGCAUCAACUUCCCUCCCCGGGAUAACUGAGAACCCAAACCGUGAUCAACAAUCUAAAGCCCUAUUUGCACGUCACCAGUAAUUCCUGGUGACCUCUACGAUUUGUAAGAUUACAGAGGUUGUCUGUAAUCUUGCUCCUGUGCAAAUCUGUCAUGUAAAAGUAAAAAUUACACUGCAAUUAUCUUAAAUUGUCCAAUGAAGUCCAAUCAUGUAAUUUCAAGAAUGCUAAAUAUAAAAUGUUUAGUUUCAGUUAAAAUCUGUUUCUGUACAAAUUGACGUCCAAAGGCAUCAUCCACUUUUUUGUCCUUACGUGUUCCAUUCAAAUAUCUAGUUGUUGCUGUGGUUUCUAUCUAAAUUAGGUUGAAAACGGAUUCACAUGUAUGUCCAUUGAGCUCAUUUCACUUACAUAAAUAAAAUCGAUGUUUGGAAAUUGUCA